AUGGUGCGCUUUGUGGUUUUCUUAGCACUGUGCAUUCUAUCUGUAAGGUGCAUUGAUAUAGAAAAUCUAGACAGAGAAUACUAUACAAUACAGAAUAAGACCAAUGUUAUGCCUGGCAUGCCUACACAGCCAGGUGCUCCAUCAUUUUUGAAUAUGAAUAUUGAGUUUGUUGAAAAUGAAGUGAGAACUGAACUGAACAAAGCCAUUCCUCUUAUAGAUAAGAUAGACAAGCUGCUGGGGCUGGCAUGGAAAGAGCUAGUACACUCAGACAGAAACAAUAAAAUUAUUUUGAUUCCGUUUAAAAGCAUAAAGCUGCAGAACGAUGACGGAGAGGUGAGUGUGGGGUAUUAUAGUCGAAGCUAUGUAAAAAAAGACCGGAUAAUACAGGAGUAUACAGGAGGCGAUGUAUGUGAUAUUUGCAAGAGCAAGAGCUGGAAAGGAAGCGUGCACUACAUGGCAGAUUCAGAAGAGCUUGAGCUAUCAGGGCCAGUAGAGACAUCAACAUGUAGCUAUAAGUUUCUUGUGCGUGGCAAUGCACUAGCAACCAAAGAAAAAUAUGUUGUGCUGAGCGCAGUGCCCAGAGCUCAAAGCGAGAAAAAAGAAGAGAAUUCAGAUGAAGAAAAGAAGGAGGAAAAGAGCGUAGAGGAGAAGAUAGAAAAUACCUGCUCGCGGAAAGGAUGCAAUAGCGCCAAGUUCAGUGUAGGGCAUGUAGAGAGUUCAGAAAAUACUAAAGAGUCUAACGAGGGCAUGGGCACUGAGCAACACAAUGAAGAAGAGGCAGAGAAGCCGACAAAUGGACAGUACACAGUGAAGGAGGAUUUAUAG